UUGGUUGUGGUGCGUGGAUGUGCUGGGAUUCCUGAAUUGUUCUUGUUCUAUGCAGUGCUUGCUGGGCUUGCUUUUAUGUUUUCAUCUAGCAUCUUGUUACAGAUUCUGGCUUGUGCAAUAUACAGCAAUUGGUGGCCCAUGUUAUCAGCUCUUAUGUAUGUGCUGGUGCCUAUGCCUUGCUUAUUCUUUGGAGGUGGUUCCACUCAGUUUCUGACUAGCCGGGAUGGUGGGGGUUGGAUAGAUGCUGCCAAAUUUAUGACUGGAGCAUCAGCUGUGGGGAGCAUUGCGAUUCCUAUUAUCCUUAGACAUGCUCAUAUGAUUGAGACAGGAGCUAUGCUUAUCGAGUUCACAUCCUUCUUCAUUUUUGCUUGCACUGUCAUGUGUUUCCACCGAGCUAGUCUUGAAGAAGACUGGUGAUAAACAUCAAACAUGGUGCUGAACACUUACCCCAGUGAUCAUGUAAAAAUUAUGGCGUAAAUACAUGGGCAAAGAUAGAAAAAAUUUCCUUUGUAAAAUCUGUUCAAUGUACAAGGCAGUUCAAUCAACUUGUGUUUUGCUUUAA